CUUGGCGUUCUUCAUCGCAAUUGCAGUUUCGCUGAAAAUGACGAAAUUCCAACAAAUGGAAAACGAUGGCGAACAGAUAAAGAGGUUUGUUUUUGGAAGCAAAUCCCAAAACGGUACUCAAACCAACGGUGAAAAAUUAGAAAUACUGAUACCUGAGCUUCCACUGCCCGGAUAUUCCUUUUACACCUGGCCUUCGGCUCCAGUACUGGCGUGGUUUCUGUGGGAUCGGCGGCACUCGUUGGUCAACAAGCGAAUACUGGAAAUUGGUGCCGGAACUGCGCUACCGGGGAUACUUGCAGCCAAGUGUGGUGCUCACGUAACACUCAGCGACUGCAGCACGCUGCCGAAAACAUUGGAACAUAUUCAACGGUGCUGCCGAUUGAACAAUCUGCUUCCAGGUCCUGGCAAGUCCAUCGAGGUCAUCGGUCUAACCUGGGGAUUGUUUUUGGACCAGGUUCUACAGCUCGGACCGCUGGAUCUUAUACUUGGCUCGGACGUAUUCUAUGAUCCGUCCGUGUUUGAAGACAUUCUAGUGACCAUUUCGUUCAUACUUGAGGCGAAUCCUGCGGCCAAGUUCAUCUGUACAUAUCAGGAACGAAGCGCAGAUUGGUGCAUCGAAAAUCUGCUCAAAAAGUGGGAUCUUGUUUGUUCGGUGAUAAGUUUGGACAACCUCAGCGAGGAUGUCGGUGUAGAUCCACAAGAAUUGAUGGGAAAUCACACAAUUCAUCUGUUAGAAAUAGUGCGACAAACAGCAGCAUAG